AUGGAUGGAGAUGAAGUUAUUGAUUUGAAGGUUAGGGUGAUUAUUUGUUCUGGAACUGAGUCUGCUGUUUCACUGCCUGAUGGGAAAGCAGAAUUGUUAAUGUUCAUUGCUGUGGCUAUUUUUAAUUUCAUAUAUGUUUUAUUAAGCAGUGCAAGCCUUCCAAGUAACACACUCUUUGAUCUUUUUGUUGGGAUCUUGAAAUCUGACCAAGAAAUCAUGGAUUCUGUGAAGGAUGAUCUCAAAGCAGUUAAGGAAAGAGACCCUGCUUGCAUAAGCCAUGUGCAUUGCUUCUUGAACUUCAAAGGCUUCUUAGCAUGCCAAUCUCAUAGAGUUGCUCAUAAGCUACGGCUUCAAGGAAGAAAAGUCUUGGCAGUUAUGAUCCAGAACCGAGUUUCCGAGAUUUUCGCGGUUGGUAUUUAUCCCGGUGCUAAGAUUGGAAGCAGAAUUCUGCUUGAUCAUGUAACUGGAUUAGUGGUUGGUAAAACUGCAGUGAUUGGUAACAAUGUGUCAAUUUUGCAUAGUAUGACUUUGGGUGGAACUGGUAAAGCUUCUGGUGAUAGGCAUCCAAAGAUUGGUGAUGGGGUUUUGAUUGGUGCAGGGACUUGUAUUUUGGGAAACAUUAAGGUUGGUGAAUGUGCUAAGAUUAGUGCUGGUUCUGUGGUGAUUAAGGAUGUUCCUCUUAGGACUACUGUUGUUAGUGAUUUUGUUAUGCUGCUGUUUUGA